AUGAAGACUCUGAUAGCUCUAGUGUCUGUGUUGGCACUUGCCCACGCUCAACAGCAGCUGAUUGAUCCAUACUUCAAUGAGGCGCUCGUGCAGUACAACGACUGGCAACCAAUUGCUGGUCCAAAUGUGGCCUAUCCUUACGCCGCCCCACAGUUUCUGCCUGCUCAGCAAUAUCCGCUACUUCAGCAAGUCCCCGGUGUACAACUUCCACAGGUUCCAGUCCCUUUCCCAGCACAGCUCCCUCUACCGUACCUUCAACCUGGCCAAUAUCCCUACCAGCUUCCACUGCCAGUUCCACCGCAGCAACAGCAACAAUUUAUUCCCGGAUUAGCAGUCCCUCCAUUCAACAUGGCUCAGCUACCACCCCAGGUGCAGGUCAUUCGUCAUGGACUCCCGAAUUCGGAUGCUGCUGCAGUGUCCUAUUCCUCACUAAACUAUAACAGCAACAACAAUCCUCAACCAGCUACUCUUCAAACGCCACCGGUGGUCGGUGUAAGCUCAGCACCGGCUAACGGCGUAAAUAGUGCAGCAGCUGCUCCAGUAGCGCCCAACGCCAAGGUAGCCGUAGUGAAGGACAUUGCCACGUUCGGCACGGAGUACGGUACCGGGGCGGACAAGACACCCGUCGCGAGGUACGAAGCCAUUAACGCCGGCUCGGUACAUGUUGCACCGCUACCGGGACACACCGUAGACCAGAAGCUGAUCGCACCUGGUACCACCGAACAGAAGCUGUAG